AUGCGCAAAGACGGUGUUCUGAUCGGCACACUUAUUCUACGACGCUUCAUUGUUAUUUUGGUAAUUCCUCUACAAACAUAUCCCUGUAACACGAAGGCAGUCAUAGAAUUUGAUAUAUCAAACAGUUGGCAAGUAUUUUGCAAAUCGGUAUUGGCUAUGAGCGUACUUAACGUUAGAUAUUUGAAAACACCAUUUGAAGAACGAUCAGCAGAAUCAUCAAAUGUUUGUAAUCACGACUCAAAAGCCGUUAAAGUUUCACAUAGACGGAAGAUAUUGGCGCUACACGAACCGGUUGAUCGCCUUGAACAUCCGCAAUUACAAUAUUUUCAUUCAGUGAAUCGUGUAUUUGUUGGAAUCGUAAUAUUAGCGAAUAUGAAUUCAAUGCCGAAUAUUCCAUUUUCGGUCUCAGAAACUUUCGUUAAAGUCGACAUCCCAAUUCAAAUCUUUGCUGAAGAAGAAGCAUUAUUUGUGACGAUCAAGUCAAACUCAUCGACGAAAUAUUUCUGUAUUUUUAAUUCUUCGUCAAAUACACAGCAUUUAAUGGAGCGACUACAUUCNAAUCGUGUAUUUGUUGGAAUCGUAAUAUUAGCGAAUAUGAAUUCGAUGCCGAAUAUUCCAUUUUCGGUCUCAAAAACUUUCGUUAAAGUCGACAUCCCAAUUCAAAUCUUUGCUGAAGAAGAAGCAUUAUUUGUGACGAUCAAGUCAAACUCAUCGACGAAAUAUUUCUGUAUUUUUAAUUCUUCGUCAAAUACACAGCAUUUGAUGGAGCGACUACAUUCGUGUUCAAAUGUUGUAUAUCUCUAUACACUAUGCGAAACCGAACAACUGGAACAUCAACGACGAAUAACCAGAAGUUAUGCCAAGUUUGAAGCAGCCUAUGAUGAUAUUCUUCGUUUACUAAUCAAAGUUGCAAGUGAUGUAGCAUUGUUCUGCGAAGAGACAGCUGAUCGGCAAAGAAGUAACAAGGCAACGAUAGAUCAGGCGAAGAGAAACUAUCAACGUGCACUCGAACUGUAUGCAUUCGUAGAAACGACUGUAUGA